AUGCUCCGAGUUCCGCCUACAAUAGACAAGUCGGCGAAGGGGCCAAAGACGAGCGAGGUCGGGAGCGACGUUGUUUCCGUCGUCGUGGAUAGUCUCGGGGAGCGAGUGUCCUCCCAAAUUCACCGAUUUGUUAUCGUUUCCGUCGAUGACACCAGGGUGAAAGCCUGCCCUGUGGUAACCUAUUCUGGAAGAGGCACGAUGGACCCGAGCUGCGUUGCAGCAGAGCAUGCAGUCAUCUAUUUGUCUGGAACGUCUCCGAUGCCUUUCGAGGGUGAGGUCAAGAAAGGGAUGGAUAGGGACCCGAUUGAGGUUGAACCGGUUGAUAAUGGUGUAACAUUACAGCCUGCCUCUCGGAUACGCUUUGGUAGGACUUACACCAUCGACCGAGACGUGGAAGUGAAAGAGAUUGGACUAGUGAUACCGGAGCACAUGGAGAGAGUCAUAAGGUAUUGGGGUGAAGAACAAGGAGGAGUCGAAUGA